GGAUUAGCGAAUAAAAGCACGCAGAGAAGCUAAAGCGUUCCGGGGGGCAAUUCAUUCUCUACCGUCCAUUGUUGAUAUGACUUCAGUUCUCUCCAUCUCUAGUUAUACUCUGCUUGGCUCUACCGUUACUUCUUCAUUCUCCCAAAUCAAAUUUCCCGCCAAAUCACGACGGCCGUCUUCGUCGACGCCCAAAGUGCGUUCACAUGAGGCUGACGAGUUCGCUGCAGGUCAUACUGCCUUAUCUGCUUCAACUAGCGGGAGGAGAGGGCUACUAUUUAUAGCCACGCUUCCAUGUCUUCUUCCUUCAAUUCAAAUCAUGGAUUGUCAUGGAGCAAACGCGAUCGAGUCAGGCACAAAAGAAUAUCUGCUCAUAAAAGAAGAGGUCCGCAAGGUAUUGUCGAAGGGAAAGGCAGCGGGUGUGCUUCGUCUGGUUUUCCAUGACGCUGGGACCUUUGAAAUGGAUGAUAAUACAGGUGGCAUGAAUGGUUCUAUAGUCUAUGAACUUGAUCGACCUGAAAAUUCUGGACUAAAAAAAUCUUUAAAGGUUCUUCAGAAAGCAAAGAAUCAAACAGAUGCUAUAAAACCAGUAUCCUGGGCAGACAUGAUUGCUGUGGCUGGAGCUGAAGCAGUUGCUGUAUGUGGAGGACCAAAGAUCCAAGUUUCAGUUGGCAGGCUAGAUUCAUUGGAGCCUGAUCCAGAAGGGAAACUCCCUGAAGAAUCUCUUGAUGCUUUUGGUUUGAAGAAAUGCUUCCUGAGGAAAGGCUUCUCAACACAAGAACUCGUAGCAUUGUCUGGAGCCCACACGCUUGGAAGUAAAGGUUUUGGAAGCCCAACUUCUUUUGACAAUUCAUAUUACAAGGUUCUUCUGGAGAAACCAUGGGUGUCUUCAGGUGGUAUGUCAAGUAUGACUGGCCUUCCUUCAGAUCACGCGCUUGUUGAGGAUGAUGAAUGUUUAAGGUGGAUUAAAAAAUACGCGCUCAAUGAGAAUAUGUUCUUUGAAGAUUUCAAGAAUGCGUAUGUCAAGCUGGUGAAUUCUGGUGUGAGGUGGAAAAGAUUGUAGAUUCAGGGAAUGGGCGUUCCACGGAAACUGUUACACUUGAUUUGGAGCGGUGAUUGUACACAACGGCCAUAAUGAUUUGGGUGCUGUACUGAUAUGUUUUGAAGUGGCGUGAAUCGCUGAAGAUCUUGAGUUCAGGGACCACAGUCUUCUUUUCCCCCACACCUAAACUCGACGGCUCAAUGCAUCCCGUCAUCCCCUAAUGGGUCUCCAUAAUUUUGUUCUCUCACUAUGGAUUUCAAACAACGAAAGAAACCAAAAAUUCAAUUCUUAACAGAAGCAUUUUCUCAUCACAUCGCUUUCGUUUUCAAAAGGUAUGUCAGGUGCGCAUCAGCUUUCCCAUCCACUAAUGAAAGCACCUUCUUCUUGGGGUUGAUGCUCUUUUUUUUCACGCUAGUUAAAUGCCAUAAAGUUUGGUGCUUAUUUGGAAGAACCCCCAUUUUUAAUUAAAGGAAAACCACCGUUUCUACUGGUAUGCCACAUAAUUUGUCAUUCAUACACUUGUUUAGAGUUGGAUGUGCUUCGGAAACUUCUGGCAGAUGUCUCAAUUUGUGGGGUUCAUCUUUUGGUAGAUUCAACGACCGAGGCUCCAAAACAUGUCAAGAAUCAAAAUCGUACCACUGCGGCACUGCCAAGUGCCAACGCUUUGUUUAGAUUAUUUUAUCACUGUGGUGAAGUUCGACUGUGGAAGAAACAUAGAUCGACAAGGUAACAAAUUGCAAUAAAUGACAUCGCGAUUUUAUUAAUAGAUGUGGGAAGUUGCCGGCUUGUCGCAAUGGAGUGAAUUAUUUGGACUCGAGAUACCCCACUUCUCGGUGAAUAGUACUUCAAACGGGCAUUUUAUAGCUUCAAAACAGUUGUUUAAUUGCUUCUUUGUCCACUUUUAUAAUGUGACAGUGAUCGUACUAGUAAUUAUCAUGGGACAUGAACCUUGUAAAUGUGGUUGUGUAGCAAUUCCAUAUACAAUGAUUCAUGAUUGAGGCCAUAAA